CCCACCGGGAGCCAAAGCGGACCACCGCCCGCUUAGGGUUUCACUCGCUCCGUUCCCCUCUCGCUCUCCCCCCUAACCCUAGCGACGACCCCCGCCGCGGCGGCCAUCCGUCCAUGGCGGCCGAAGCGCCCCCGCCGCAGCCGCCCUCCUCGUCCUCCUCCUCCUCCGCCGCGGCGCCCGCGCGGCAGGCGCCGGCGGCCGGGGCGGCGUCCCCGGAGACGUACCUCGGGAGCCUCAUCAGCCUCACCUCCAAGAGCGAGAUCAGGUACGAGGGCGUCCUCUACAACAUCAACACCGAGGAGUCCAGCAUCGGCCUGCGCAACGUGCGGUCGUUUGGAACCGAAGGGCGGAAGAAGGACGGGAUACAGAUCCCCGCUAGCGACAAGGUCUACGAGUACAUACUCUUCCGCGGAAGCGAUAUCAAGGAUUUGCAAGUUAAGUCGUCACCGCCGCCACCACAACCACAACCAGCUCCCCUGCACAAUGAUCCUGCCAUAAUCCAGUCACAUUAUCCUCAGCCUGCAUCGACGGCCUCAAGUUUGCAGUCUGCUGCUGGUGCAGCUUUACCACACCUCAGCUCCCAGCCAGCCCAAUAUGGGUUUCAGAGACCAAAUUUUCCAAGCAACAUUCCUCUAUAUCAGCCAGGGAAUAAUCCGUGGGGUUCUUCUGGUCAACCCCCAGCUGGAAAUGCUUCUGCUCUUUCUGUCCCCCCAAUGUACUGGCAGGGAUACUAUACACCUCCAGGUGGCCUUCCAUCUCAUCUGCAGCAACCUACUAUGCUUCAGCCCACGCCCGGAUUAUCAGCUCCACAGACUUUCCAAUAUCCAGGACUGAAUCCAUCUUUACCAUCUAGGCCCCCCUUGUUGCAACCAUCUGCUACUGCUCAAGGUCCUUCCUCAAGUGCUACACCUGCUACAACGGCACCUUCUGCUAGCUUAUUAGGCCCAGAAACAUCAAAGCCUCUGCUGCCGAACAUGGUACCUUUGUUUACUCCUCCGGUGCCAUCUCAUGGUGCCUCUCUUCCUGUAGCCAGUCAGCCAAUUUCCAUGACUGAAACUAGUGCAACAGCAUCGCAGAGCUUAAAUUCUCUUGUUAGUAGUAAGACUCCUGCUGUAAAUCCAGGCUCAACACUGUCGCACCAAACAGCAUCCCAGGCAAUUUCUUCGUCUAUUGCCUCAUCUAGUCUUGCUGGAUUGGAGAUUCCAGCACCUUUGUUAGCAUCAUCUGGCCAGCUAUUGCAGAAUGCUCCAUCCAUGCUUUCAUCAUCUCAGUCCAUGCAAACACCUUUACAGAUGAGCAACAACAUCGCCAAACCUGCUGACCCUAAAACAAAGGUUGCAGAACCACUGCUACCUGAUCCUCCGGCACGUGCUGAAAAUAAUGAGCCUAUACUGCCAUUGCCAAAACAGACACCACAACGGCACAAUGGAGCUGGUUCACAGGGCCACCACAACUAUAGGGGCCGUGGAAGGGGUAGAGGCAGUGCGUUGUCGCAAGCGUCAACAAAAUUUACUGAAGAGUUUGAUUUUAUGGCCAUGAAUGAGAAGUUUAACAAAGAUGAAGUAUGGGGCCAUCUUGGUAGGAAAUCCCAGUCUAGAGACAAAGAUGGUGAGCAAGGAGAUGAUGUAUUUGAUGAAGACCUGGAGUACGAGGAAACAGACAAUCCAGAGCUAGAUGUCAAGCCUGUCUACGUCAAGGAUGAUUUUUUCGAUUCCCUUUCUGGUGGAACAUUUGGACGAGGUGGGCAAAACGGAAGGCCAAGGUUUUCAGAACUGAGGAAAAUGGACACAGAGACUUUUGGCGAGUUCCCAAGGCAUCGCCAGCCCUACCGUGGCGGUGGACGUGGUGGUUACCGUGGGGGUGGUGGGCGUUCCCGUGGGUCGUACUAUGGUGGCAGAGGAGACUAUGGAAACAUGGGAAGGGGCGGCGGCCAGGAGAACUACUACGGUGGUGGGAGAGGAGGCCAUGGAAACAUGGGAAGGGGUGGUGGCGGUGGGCAGGAUAACUACUAUGGUGGCGGCAGUGGCAGAGGAGGCUAUGGGAGGGGUGGCGGGCAGGAAGACUCGUACCCUCAGCGUGGGGGAGGCGGUUCAUAUGGAAGAGGCUGAUGAUACUGCCCCCCGGCCAUCCGUCAUAAUACACCGGUGUUGUAGCCCUUCACUUGCUACCUACAGCUCAUCUCUCUUGCUCCGGUUCUGCAAAUAAGUGCGACUUGGCUUGUCCCUUGGUCCUACCCUACCCACCCCACCCAGCAGGGGUGGCUGCUGCUGUGUAGACUUUGUGUAUCUUGAUUGUAGUGCGAAUCUGAGAUGUGGUUGUACAGGCCGCCGAUCUAUGUCAUGCCUGGUGAGCAGUGUUGGGCUCUUAUCUCAUCACCCAUUGUGUCUGUCUGGUUUUGUUCUACAAUACAUACAUUCUAGCUGUAUUUUACCAACCGUUUUGUACCGGAAUUGAGAAGAAACCGUUGUAAACAGAAUCUAGAGCUGAUGACAAGUUUUUUUUUAUUUC